CUUGAAUAUAAAAUGUUUACAAAUAGUUAGUUUAAUGAAACUUUUAUUUUUUGACUGUUUUUCAGAAACGGAUCAAUGUCUAGAAUGUCGCAGAUUUGGCAAUAGUGCGAGGUCACAGUAACCAGAGUCAAAUUCAUCAUAUUUUAACAGAAUUUACGUUUGUUGCAAUGCGAGGCGCAUAAGCAAUGGCUUAAAAUUAAAACAGGUAAUUUAAAUUGUAGCCUUGUGUACACGAAUGUGUGAGGCCUGCAGGUGUGAGACGACAGGCAAUAAUGAAAAUGGCGUGGCAACCUCAAGAGGAAGGAUUAAGGCAAAUUUUGCAACUUUUGAAAGAGUCGCAAUCGCCCGACACUGCAACUCAAAGGGCAGUGCAACAAAAACUUGAAGAAUUAAAUAAAUUUCCCGACUUCAAUAACUACCUGAUAUUUGUUCUUACAAAAUUAACUUCUGAAGAUGAACCCACUCGCUCUCUGAGUGGAUUGAUUCUAAAGAAUAACGUGAAAGCCCACUUUCACAAGUUUCUACCAGCUGUGACAGAAUUUAUUAAGCAAGAAUGCUUGUCAGCUGUUGGAGAUCCAUCGCCUCUCAUUCGUGCUACUGUGGGCAUUCUCAUAACUACAAUUGCUUCAAAAGGAGAACUCACAACAUGGCCUGAAUUAUUACCUGCCCUUUGCAGCAUGUUGGAUUCUCAAGACUACAAUGUUUGCGAGGGUUCGUUUGGAGCCCUUCAGAAAAUUUGUGAAGAUUCCUCAGAAUUGUUGGAUAGUGAUGCCCUUAAUCGCCCACUCAAUAUUCUUAUACCCAAGUUCUUACAGUUCUUCAAACACUCAAGUUCAAAAAUCAGGUCUCAUGCAAUUGCUUGUGUAAACCAGUUUAUAAUCAAUAGAACUCAAGCAUUAAUGAUACAUAUAGACUCUUUUCUAGAGAAUUUGUUUCACUUAGCGACUGAUGAUGACCCUGAUGUGCGAAAAAAUGUCUGUCGAGCACUUGUUAUGCUCCUGGAAGUUCGAAUGGAUAGGUUAAUUCCUCAUAUGCAUAAUAUUAUUGAGUACAUGCUAAUGCGAACUCAAGAUCCUGAUGAAGGAGUGGCGCUAGAAGCAUGUGAAUUUUGGCUCUCGUUAGCAGAACAACCUAUUUGCAAGGAAGCGUUGUCCUCACAUUUGACAAGAUUGGUUCCUAUUCUUGUUCGAGGCAUGAAAUACUCUGAAAUAGACAUAAUUCUCUUAAAGGGUGAUGUCGAAGAAGACGAAAUGAUUCCUGAUCGAGAAGAGGACAUAAGACCUCGCUUUCAUAAAUCAAGAACCCAUACAAUAAAACAUUCUGAGGAAAAUGGUGAUGAUAAUGAGGACGAUGAUGGUCUUGAUGAUGACAGUUCAUUAUCUGAUUGGAAUCUUAACUUGGUGUACUUGUUUUUAUUUACACCACGUGUGGUCAAAUUGAUGGAAUUGCUGCUCUCAUGGGUGACUCCCAUUGUAUUUAUUGGUGUCAUUCUCCAUGUUCUUGUGUUUGAUGUUGAUUCCUUUACAUGGGGCACUGCAAGGAAGUGCAGUGCUGCUGCAUUAGAUGUUUUAGCCAAUGUAUUUAGAGAAGAACUUCUACCAGUGUUGGUUCCUAUUUUAAAAGAGACUUUAUUUCAUCAAGAAUGGGAAAUAAAGGAGUCGGGUAUACUAGCUCUUGGUGCCAUAGCAGAAGGUUGUAUGACAGGAAUGAUUCCUCAUUUAACAGAAUUAAUUCCGUAUUUAAUAAAUUGUUUAUCGGAUAAGAAAGCAUUGGUUCGGGCUAUAACUUGUUGGACCCUUAGUCGUUAUUCACAUUGGGUUGUUAGUCAACCCCAUGACCAUUACUUAAAACCUUUGAUGACUGAGUUGCUGAAACGAGUUUUAGAUGGCAAUAAACGAGUGCAAGAGGCAGCAUGUUCAGCAUUUGCUACAUUGGAAGAGGAGGCUUGUACAGAACUUGUGCCAUACUUAGGGUUUAUUCUUGAAACUCUAGUGUUUGCUUUUAGCAAAUACCAGCACAAAAAUUUAUUAAUACUUUAUGAUGCAAUUGGCACACUGGCUGAUUCAGUUGGACAUCAUUUAAAUAAACCUGACUACAUUAAUUUAUUAAUGCCUCCUCUUAUUCAGAAAUGGAAUAUAUUGAAGGAUGAGGAUAAAGAUUUGUUUCCUUUAUUAGAAUGUUUAUCAAGUGUAGCAACAGCUCUUCAGAGUGGAUUUCUACCAUACUGUGAACCUGUUUAUAGAAGAUGUGUAUCGCUCGUAGAACAAACUCUAAAUCAACACAUUGCUAACACUCAAAACCCGGAACAGUUUGAAGCUCCUGAUAAGGAUUUUAUGAUAGUAGCAUUAGAUCUUCUUUCUGGAUUGGCAGAAGGCUUAAAUGGUCACAUUGAAAAAUUGGUUGUACAUUCAAACAUUAUGCAACUUCUAUAUCAGUGUAUGCAAGAUCCUAUGCCUGAAGUGAGGCAGAGCUCUUUUGCAUUAUUGGGAGAUUUGACAAAAGCUUGCUUUCAACAUGUGCUUCCAUGCAUUUCUGACUUUUUACCAAUUCUGGGUCAGAAUUUAAACCCAGAGUUCAUAUCUGUUUGUAACAAUGCAACAUGGGCAAUUGGUGAAAUAUCAGUAAAAUUGGGACCUGAUACACGACCGUACAUUCCUUUGGUUCUGAACCAGCUUAUUGUGAUCAUCAAUAAACCAAACACACCUAAAACUCUUCUUGAAAAUACAGCCAUAACUAUUGGCCGGCUAGGUUAUGUGUGCCCUCAUGACGUCGCCCCUCUGUUACAGCAGUUUGUUCGCCAGUGGUGCACAUCUCUGCGCAAUAUCCGUGACAAUGAGGAGAAAGACAGUGCUUUUCGUGGAAUGUGCCAAAUGAUAACAGUGAAUCCAGCAGGUGUAGUACAAGAAUUCAUAUUCUUCUGUGAUGCUGUUGCAUCGUGGGUGAAUCCUAAAGAUGACCUGAAGGAAAUGUUCAACAAGAUUGUUUGGAGACGAGAUGCACCCUCGUCUGUUGGGGGUUCAGGGACAUGGGCGGGUGGGUGAAACCACUUAACUGCAGCGAAGGGGAAAUACUGUUGCAAGAUUGCCGCAGGCCUGGGAGGGGCGGGGUGAGCCAUAGUGCGGGCCGCAGCAGACAUCAGGGUGGGCGGGAGGGCGGUAUGGGAAGGGUGGGGAAGUACUUCAACAGUUCCCUCACACCAUCACUAAUAGUGUAAAGGAAAAUCUGAUAUGCACAACUAUAGAAUUAUUGUAAAGGAGCUCGUAAUAGAAUGCUUUUUAAAAGAAAUAAAAGAAACAUUGUAUGGGGUAUCAAGUAUCAUAAUUUCAAAGCUUGAAAUUCUUGGGAAAAUUACUUUCUAAGUACAUAUGUGUGCAGGUCUGCUUUAAGCUAGUAGUUUUUGUUGCAAGAAAAUAUUUGACAGCAUAUGUGUUCUCACCAGUAUCUUGAAUAUCAUAUUUUAAGUUUAGAUUUAAGCAUUAAAUCAUUACAUAUAAGGCUUGUCUGAUCUAAAAUCUUAAAGUGGUGGUACAGUUGUAUUCCAGACAAGAUUUGAGUAGUGUCUUAAAGUCUUAGCUAAUCAGGCUUGUUGGAAGUGAUUGUUUAUCUGCAUUUUAAGCAGUCAGUGUAUUUGACUAUCUUGAAGGUAAAUUGUGUAAUUCAGUUCAAAUUCGUAUUGUUUAUAUAGCUCAUAAUUUUGUAUUUCUGUGUUUUGCCCCUGCAUUGUGUUUCUGAACAAUAACUGCAAAGUAUAUUGCAGAUGACUUCUGACUCCUAGACCCCCUUCCCAAUGUUGUCACCAUGUAGGAAAAUUAAGAAUUGAAGUAUUUGGAAGUGCCUUAUAGACCACCUCUCAGAGCUGACUUGUUGUCAGCAUGUUAUUGCACUUCUGUAGUAGUAUUGUGAAAGAAUAACAAUUUUGACAUUGUGACUUCGUUCCUGUGCGAAACAAUCAGCCCUAAUUUUGUUUACUUAUUUUAGACUUGACUUAAGUCGGGAUGAUCCCUUUGAUCUGUGAUCAGUAGACAAAGCAAUGCUUCGAGGCCUAAUUGUGAUUCGUAAAUGUGAAGGCCAAAAAGAAUUGGAAUAGGCUGAUCAGGGAUCUCAAAAACUUCUAAUGUUAUAAUAUCUUCAGGGGUUUUAAAGAAAGCAUAUCAGUUCCUGGCUUCAGAAGAAUUGCGAUGCAUCAUUUUAAUGAACAUAGUAUGCAAUAUCAUAUAUCUGUCGUCAUUCCCAAUUUCUUUUGUUUUAUUUCAUAAAUGUAUAUAUUAAUGUAAUGUUUCCAUUACAUGCCUAUGUGUUCAAAUGAAAAUUGAUGUAUUAUUUCAUUAUUUUUCACAAUGAUGAUCGGGAAUGCACAGUUUUGUGUUACGGAAGAAACUUUUCAAUGUUUCAAAUAUUUGAGUUGAAUAUAUUACUUAAACAAAAACAAUGCCAAAAGUAUAUUGCAAAUUUUUCUUGAAUGUGUGUGCAAUUAUUUAUGAUAAUUUCUGAAAGAUUUUUGUGGAAUUAAUUUCUGGUUGUGUGUUAAUGUUCGUGGAAGUAAAGAAAGAGUUAUGAGCGAGGAGAUUUUGACUUUCUAAUCGUUUCUUUUAUUGUCAAGAAUUUGUCUAGAUAAAGCAUAUCACCUUUUAAAUUGUUAAACUGAAUAUUUUACUGUUUUUCUCUGGUAUUUAAUGUGUUUUCAAUAUUUUGAGAGUUACAUAAUGCUUCUCUUCAUUUUACUUUCAUAAAUCAACUUAAAUAUCCAUGUAAUUACAUAUGCAUGUGAAUUGUUCAUGCUUAAUUUCUGCAUGUUAAAAAUGUGUGAGGAUUUAGUCAUGCCUUUCAUUUAUAGAAAUGAUUCUUUGAUCAUCUUUUUCUUUUUAUACAAAGGUUAUGAUUCAGAGUAAUACAUUUUCUCUGAUUUUUUGUAGCCUGUUGUAAAUCAAAGUAUAUUAAAAAAUAAAUUUUAUAUAGUUUUGUUCUAGAUACAAUGUACUAGGUGCUGUCAGUAAUAAUUUAAGCAUAAUACAAAUAAUGUUUUUAUGGUAUAUAUGUAUACAUAAUCCUGGAUGUGUACAUGUGUACUUUUGAAUGGAAGUGUUGUGUACCUUGUAUGAACUGUUACUCUGUUCUGUUUAAGACUAAAGUUUGUGGCUGAACUGCUAAAACUAUGCUGUUUAUAGGAACAGUAGUUUUUAAUUUGCCUCAAUUUAAGAGAAACUGUGAUACCAUUGUACUAAAACUCCUGUUAUCUCCUCCUCAGUUGCACAAAAGUAAGUGGGUGUGUGUAUGAUAACAAUUUGUUCAUCAAGAUGAUUGAUAAAAUGUGCUAAGUGUUUAUUUACAAGAUUUUUGUAUUCAAAAUUAUCAGAAAGAGCAGAUUGAUACAAAGCAAUGUUUUUCAUGAGGUAAAAUAGUUUUAAUGUGGCUGGUGUAUUUAACUAUUGGUUUUGAUGUUAUAGAAUUCUAAAAAGCAUUUCAUACUUAUUGAAAUUAUAGUUAACAAUCAUAACUUUUAUGACUACUGUUCAGAUUGUAAAUGGAUUUUUCUUGUAGAAAUGUUAUCUUUUGAAACUUUCCGUUGAGCAAAUAUUUGUUAUUGAGAUUUCUUGUUACGAAUGUCUCAAUUUACCACUGCCAAAGGCCCAGAAUACACCAGUUUUGCAAAUUAUAAAUUUCAAAUGGUCAAUUGUCGUCAAUUGUUAGAUUUUAUUCAUGAUAAAACAAAAAUCCACAGUUCAAUCACAAGUAUGUAUUAAAUGUAUAGCGUGUAGGUUGUUUUUGUAUGAUUGUAUAUUAUUCGUAAAGUAAGUUAUGGCUUUAUAUUUUAGUUAAUUAUGUUGACAAGUUUUUGUUUUUGUAAUUUAAGUGCAUUGUACAGUUACUAGACGAUAAGAAAGGUUGCACUCUGUAUAGAUGUUCGUGCGAUUAGGCAAGUAAUGUAUUCUUUUAUUUAUGAAUCUUGUGUAAUGGUCUGACAUUAAUUUUACUUUGCAACAUUACAUGAAGUAACGUGUCUGUUUCUAAAAGUAUUUUUUUUAUUCUCCAUGUUCCUAGUAUUGGGGGAAAAAUUGGAUACUGUCACUGAGCUUUUCUCAGGAAAUAG